AUGUCAAAACAUGGGAAGGAACACAAGAGACCGAUUCUCCUCGAGCUAAGAUGUUCCAAUCUCUUUGUCAUAUUUGUGGUCUCUUUCGCAACAUUCACUGAUAUCCUGCUAUAUGGGCUUAUUGUUCCUGUGGCUCCUACUGCGAUGCAUAAGAGAGUUGGUUUAUCUGAAAAUGAGGAGCAAUCGUGGACCUCGAUCUUAUUAGCCUUGUACGGAGCGGCACUGCUGGCAGCUUCUCCUAUUUCUGGCUACUUAGCAGAUCGGAUCGAAUCUAGGCGCUGGCCUCUCCUGAUAGGGCUGGUCGCCCUAGGUGCAUCUACGGCGUUGCUCUGCGCAGGCACUACUAUUGGCCUCUGGGUCGCCGGUCGCUUGUUUCAAGGGAUAUCCGCAGCUGUUGUUUGGACAGUUGGAAUAGCCCUAAUAGUCGACACGGUAGAAAAAGAGGCUCUGGGUGAGGCGAUGGGAUAUGCAGCAAUGGGCAGCAUACUUGGGACCAUGGCGGGUCCCCUCCUUGGUGGUGUUUUAUAUGAGAAUGGAGGCUACUAUGCUGUUUUCGGUCUUGCAUUUGGUUUAAUCGGCUUUGAUAUUUUCUUCCGGCUUAUCUUGAUUGAGAAGAAAGACGCCCUGAAGUGGCUUCACGCUGGAGAAUUUUCUGAACAACCAGUGGGGAAUUCAUUAGAAAAGCAAGCUACAGAUGGGCGUGUGUCGCCUCCUUUGCCAGGAAAUAACUGUGAUAGUAACCAUCACGGCGAGCAUAACACAACAUUGACCCUGACACCGCAAGAUGACACAAUCUGCGAUGCAAACCAGCGGAUGCGCCACAAGAGACGUUGGGACGCUAUUGCUGCCCUGUUGGCGUCAGAUCGAAUGCUCGUCACGCUGUGGGGUUACUUUAUUGUGUCAGUUGUAUUGACAUCUCUUGACAGCGUACUUCCUCUUUUUGUGCAUGAUACAUUCAGCUGGAAACAGACAGCCCAAGGGCUGAUAUUCAUUCCAGUGUCUGUACCUCAUCUUCUAGAUCCGAUGUGUGGGUACAUCAACGACAAGUUUCCGCAAGCUCGGCGCUUUAUAGCAGGUGGAGCACUGCUCAGCAUGGUUCCAUUAAUUGUGCUUCUCCGACUUGUCACUACAAAUUCUAUGAGCCAAAAAAUAGUGCUUUGUGUGCUGCUGGCUCUGACCGGGCUCUGUCUAGCCUUCCUAAUCCCACCACUCUUUGCUGAGGUCUCAUAUAUCGUCCAGGAGAAGGAAGCAGAAUUGCCAGGUGCCUUCGGUAAAGGAGGGGCAAUGGCACUUGCGUACGGUAUCCUCAACUCUGCUUUUGCAGCCGGUUCUAUAGUGGGUCCAUUCCUGGCUGGCUUCAUCCGAGAAAAAGCUGGCUGGGGCACAAUGGCUUGGGUCUUAGGUCUGCUAACAGGCGUGUCGUCUAUUCCUGUUUUGCUUUUACUGGGCGGCCGUAUAUGGAAGCCUACAGAGCGGCAUGCUGAGAGUCGGUCUGCCGAAGCAGCUUGA